AUGGGCAACUCUGGAAUUUCUCCAGCAAAUAGUUCAUCCGUCCACUGGUAUCUGAACAGCCCCGGACAGGCUUUCAGUGGAGCCGCACAGCACCAGCGCAACUUUCCGCUCUACAUGCUGCAGCUUUACCGGUCGUACCGGGCGGCUGACCACGAAUCUGCAGGUACCACUGACGAGGCCAACCCUCUGCCUCAGGCGAACUCAGUUGUUAGUGUAACAGCAAAAGGAUGUUAUCAGGUUGGUGAUCACUGGAGCAUUACCUUUGACCUUACAUCCUUGCUGCCAACUGACAUGGUGCAUCUGGCAGAGCUGCGACUCCGAGUACCAGAAUUCUUUGGCUCCAAGCGUGUUCUGCUGGACGUGUUCCAUGCCCACAAUGGCCAGGAGUUGCUACUGGGCCGAAUCCGUGCCGCACCCCAGCACAGGCCGCACUCCUGGCAGGUAUUCAAUGUCAGUGGCCUGCUCAGGCACUGGCUGCAGCAGGACCCGGCUCUACACUGGACAGAGGGAGCAGAGCUUGGAAGUGCGUGGACUGAGGAAGGCAGUGGCAGUGAAAUGAAGGACACAGAGUUCAUGACGUCCACUCGCCCAGGAUUCCACCACAGGCCGGGUGUCAACCACGCGACGGCCGGGCGUGUGUUGAUGGUGGUCUUCUCGGAGCAGCAGACCCGCAGCCCUGUCCCCAGCUUACUGCAGACCGCACAGCACUCCAAACACGUCAGUCCUCAGCUGACCCCACCGCGGACCCCCCAGGAGGCCCCGCAGACCCGGAGACACAAGAGGAACCGGCUGGGGCCCGAGCACCUCCCCACACCUGGGGCCACGCCUGAGACCCCAACUCAGGCCACCCCAGAGAGCCCAGCCAAGCCGCUGUGCCAAAGGGUCGACAUGUGGGUGGACUUUGAUCAGAUCGGCUGGGACCAGUGGAUCGUCCAUCCAAAGCGCUAUAACGCCUACCGCUGUGAGGGGGAGUGUCCCUCACCGCUGGACGAGAGCUUCAAGCCCACCAACCACGCCUACAUGCAGAGUUUGCUGCGCUUAUACCACCCUGAGCGGGUAACGUGCCCGUCUUGUGUGCCCACGCGCCUGAGCCCACUGUCUAUGCUGUACUACGAAGAUGAUGGCGUGGUGCUUCGACACCAUGAGGAGAUGGUGGUGGAGGAGUGUGGCUGCCAGUGA